AUGGGCACCGGUAUUCGACCACCCGCCAUUCACCCAACCUCAAGCCUCGCCCGUCCCAAAUCGUCCCUCGCAAGAGACCGAGGAACAAGAACAGCCAACUCAAGGCCUGCUACGUCUCUAGGAACCCGUGCAAGGAAUCAGGAUGGUCCCGUUAAUAAAUGUAUGGUUUCCCUUUUGUCCCAACCCAAACCAAAGGCUCUUGCUCGUGCUCCCGCUCGUGCUCCCGUGAGGCCCGGACUCGUCAAGGUACCCAAAGCAGAUACUCGAAACAUUUCACCACGCAAGACAUUUGCCGCAUCUACAAUGUCGUCCAUCCGGAAUAUCUCGACAACAUCAAUUACCGAACGGAUGUUGGGUCUUUCCCUGACCCCCAAGACACCCACCCCUGAGCCCCGUUGGCCAGUCAGCACUUCAAUGCUUCCUCGCCCUUCUCCUCAGCUGUCAACACCUCCCAUAGAGGACCCUUUCACUCCCGCCCCUUUCCCUAAAGAUCUUCUUACUACUCCUCGCAAAGCUCAAGCAAGACCCUUUCUAACAAAAGAUUCAAAUCUAGUGGCCUGGGACCCCGAAGAACAAUAUGGCAACAUCGAGAGAAUGUACGAAGAUGUUUGCAAGCAUUACAAGCAAGCCAUGGAAGACAACAUGGAAGCAAAAGAAAUCAACAACACUUACAAGUCCACCGUUGCGAAUCUUGAGCAAGAUCGGAAGGAUGCCGUCGAAGCCAUGAUCGCUCUCAGGUGUGAACUUGAAACUACCAAAUACCGCCUGGAAUCCGCCGAAAACGGAGCGCACGAGCUCAAACGAGACCAAGAAGCGGAAAUUGAAACCAUCAAGCAUCAGCACAGGGCAGAGCUUGAAAACGUUCGCCAGUCCCAUCGAGACGAUGUGGAGCGUUUGAAGGCGGACCAUAGAGAGGAGAUUCGCGAGCUGAAGAAAAGGCUGGAAGACGAACUCACACAUGAACGCACGCAACGGAUCCAGGCGUUGAGUCAGGUAUCCGCACAGGAAGCCAUUGAAAAGCAACGACAUCAGAUGGAUCUCGAAUCGAAAGAACACGAAAUUCGCAGUUUCAAACUGGAAAUUGAUCGACUCAAGGCGGAUCUCGAGAGAGAAAAACUCCUCAAUGAUGAUCUCCGCCGCAAUCUGUCGACCGCAGGCGACAACGCAACAAGCAUGGAAAGCGCCCGUCAAGCGUUACAGGCCAAGAUUGAGUACCUGGAAUCAGACAGCAAAUCUCAAUCAGAAGCGUAUGCUGCAAUGGAGAGGAGAAUGAAUGAGGCUCUGGAGAAAGCCACGGAAUGCGAAGAGAAGCUCCGCAAGGAAGAAAUGCAUCGACGCAAACUACACAACCAAGUGCAAGAACUAAAAGGAAACAUUCGAGUCUUCUGUCGUGUCCGACCCACCAAUGGAAGUGAAGCAGCCGAAGAGACUGCAAAGAUCACCAUUCCCGAGUCGGACGAAGAAGUCACAGACAUCGAAAUCAAAGGACCUGAGGAGACCAACAGCCUCGGAAAAGUGACGACAAAGACACAUCAAUUCACAUUCGAUCGAGUCUUUGAUCCGCGCAGCAACAAUGCGGAGAUCUUUGAGGAAAUCAGCCAACUCAUUCAAUCCGCGCUGGACGGCUACAACGUCUGCAUCUUCGCCUAUGGGCAAACCGGCUCUGGAAAGACAUUCACCAUGUCUUCUGAAGACGGCAUGAUCCCACGAGCAUUACGGCAGAUAUACGCUACAAGCAAAGAGUUAGAAGCUCGAGGUUGGACAUACACCAUGGAAGGCAGCUUUGUUGAAGUAUACAACGAAGAGCUGCGAGAUCUUCUGGGUAAAGAGUCCGACAACAGCAAUAAGAAACAUCAAAUUCUUCACGACAGCACAACAUGUGAAACCACAAUCACAGAUGUGACCACGGUCAAUCUGAACAGCCAGGACCAAGUCGAAGCCAUCCUGACACAAGCCAUGUCUCGUCGCUCGGUGGCUGCAACCAAAGCCAACGAACGCAGUUCUCGAAGCCACUCUGUGUUCAUCCUCAAGCUUGCAGGGUAUAACAGCGUGACGGGUCAGAAGAGCAAAGGCACUCUGAACCUGGUUGAUCUCACUGGAUCAGAAAGACUGUCUCAUUCCAAGGUCGAAGGUGCACGACUGAGGGAGACACAAAACAUUAACAAGUCGCUCUCAUGCUUGGGCGAUGUUAUCGGUGCACUGGGCCAGCAACAAGCAAAUGGCUCAUUCAACGCUAGAGAGAGUGGCAACAGUGUUGGAUCCAACUCCUCGUCAUCCGUCGCACACAUCCCCUACAGAAACAGUAAACUCACCUAUCUGUUGCAGUACAGUCUAGGUGGGAAUAGCAAAACACUGAUGUUCGUCAUGGUGGCACCAGAGAAGAAGUGCCUUGCAGAGACGAUCACAAGCCUGAAGUUUGCCGAAAAGGUGUCCAAGACGAAGAUUGGAGUGGCGAAAAAGACAGCAGGAGGGAAGUAA